GUGUGCUGAAAACCAAGGUGCGCGAAUUAAGAGUUUGUUUGUGUCAGCUAUUACGUGUAAAAGAAACUAUUAUGUGUAAAAAAAACUUUGAUUGAGUUAAAUAUGAACCAGUGAAAAUUCCUUAAGAUAAAGCGAGAUGUUAUUUAAUAAAGUUAGUAAUCUGGACUAAUAAUUCUUAGUGACAUGUUUAAUAUAUAUUCCACAGUAGCCGAAAAACAUGGGACAAGUAAAUAGCUUUUCGUCUUCUAAGAGAAAUCUGAACUGCAAUGUUCAACAACAAUUUCAAGAUUUAAAAGAAAUGCCUCCUGAAAUUGCUAUUUCUAUCUUAUCAAAUCUUAAUGCCACUGAUCUUUGCUUGGCUUCUUGUGUUUGGAAAGAUUUAGGCGACGAUGAUAUGUUGUGGAAAGGGUUAUGUUAUUCAAAAUGGAGUUAUACUUCAAUUUAUGAUAAACUUAAGGAACCCAGCUUUUGCAGACAAAUAUUCAAAGAGAAACCAAUUUAUAAGAGCUUAUAUCUGCUUCUUGAUGAAACAACAUUGCUUUUUGCUUUCAAACCGCAUGAGGGUAUAAGACUUCUGCUUAUGAAUAAUGUCCUGGAAGAUACAUCUGAAGAUAUUGCAAAGUUUAUAAAUGGUACAUCUCUCAAUAGCAGGAGUGUUCAGCUUUUAUUAGUAGAAAGAGAAGACAUUUUGGAGAAACUAAUUGAAAUGCAAAAUUUCUUUUCUUUGACGAUUUGUGACAGUAUGAGGGUUAUUUUCAAAAAAGUGAAACCACCAGAACAGAGAGGAUACUUUCUUCAACUUUUAAUUGAUCUGAUAGCAAAGAAAUAUUUAGAAUGUAAUCCUCAGUAUGGAUUUAACAAAGAGCAACUUAGCGUUAUAUGUUAUUCAAUAUUGUUACUCAGCGUGGACUUAUACAGUCCUCACGUAAAAACGAAAAUGUCGAAACGAGAAUUUAUUCGAAAUAACCGGCAAGUAUUACAGAACAUAAAUGUAGAAUUAAUGAGCGAUAUAUAUGACGAUGUUUAUUUAAAUGGACAUAUUGUCGACGAUUGUCAUUCUCUGCAGAAUGCAAAACAUCGUCAAUUUCCAUUUUAUAGACCGUAUGGUGCUAUAUUUGAAUUGAAACCUUUGCCAAUGAAGCUUACUUGUUCGUGUUGAUAUAAAAUCUUGUAUCUCUGGAAAUGUAAAUGUAAUGUUUGUAUUUAUAAUUGUAAUUUGUAACUUCUUUUUUUUAUGUAUAGUUUUUUUUUUUCUUUUUGUCGAAUGAAAUUUUCUUUUGAGCUUAUUUUUGCAGAAUUUUCGAUAAGUUGCAUUAAAUUAUUUGAAGUUUUUAAACGCAGAAUAAAUAUUUUGAAAUUGUCAAAAAAAUAUUUUUUUUUUUUUUUUUUUUUUUUUUUUUUGUAAAAUAAAUUCUGCCAUGAGGUUUUGAAAUUUUUUAUAAAUAUUUUAGAGGAUUUUUUGUUCUAAAAACAUGUUUUAAGUUUUUAUAUAAAAUAGCACUUAUUAUUUUGUAGUAAUUUUAGUUUUAAAAAAGUUUUUUAAAUAUUUAAACUUUUUUCCCUGUUAUAAUGGGAAAUCAGGUUCUGAAAUAAAUAAAUAUGUACGUUUUUGUUUUAAAAACUUAUACAUAAAUAUAAAUAACGCCAACGAUAUCUUUAACAGUAUACCUAUAUCGAUACAUGUGAACGCUGAUGUAGCUAUGAAUAAAUGCAAAAUAAAUAUUUUUUAAACAAUUUGUGUUCA